CUUUUUUUUUAUAGAAAAAUGAGUAAUCUUUUCUUUGCUUUAUAAGCUGCAGUAUAUCUUGUUUUGAGGGUGCUUUGAACAGUCUGAAUGCUGAUGCUUUUAUCUUCAAAACUUGUUUCCCCUUUUCUUUUGCUGAAAGAGUUUUCCCAGAAAAUAUUUUCCUGAGAAACAAACGGGUUAAUACUUAAUAUUUGUGUUUUUGGCCCAAGAUAAACAAAGGUUUGAGCGGCAUUUGAAAUCAUUAUUUCCUGUUCUAAAUUUUGAACCCCCAAGUUCUGUUCUUACCUUUUUAGUGUCCUCAUUUCAAGGCAACAAUGGAGGAGGAAAGUUCACUUCCUAGAUUACAAUAAUGCCCCUUUUUAGUGUUGAAAUGCAGUGAGUUAGGAAAACAUGAAAAAGGGUACUUUAUGGAAAUUUGUCUGUUGUCACUGUAGCCGUAGGACCCUUGUGAAUAUAAUAAUGUCCGAUUGACCAUGAACCAAGGUAGAAUUUGUUGGAGCAUUGAAUGGAGUAAAGAUGAAGAGUUGCUCUUACUUUCUGGUUAAUUAGUCAUUAGUGGAUAGCUUCUGCUUUGACCUGUUCUUGGAGAUAUUCUUUUACGAUUGCUUUGAUUCUUUGGUUGGUCUUUUGCCUUUAUUGCUUCAAUGUGAUGAUAGAGAAGCCUUGUGGGUCUGGGAAGCAUUGAAGUGGUGGAGGAUAAAUAAACUUAAACUUGUUUUUAACUUUCUGACAGGGGUCUUUAAAUUAUGCAGACUCCAAAAGCAAGAAAUGGAUCUUCGGAAGUGCCACGAAGGGUCUCUCCUCGAGCUGUUCGUCAACUCAAGCCAACUACACUAGAGACUGAAGCUGUAUCUACUUCAAAUCCAGCUAGUAGAACUUCAAAAGAGAAAAGCCCUAAAGUUGUUGAGCGCCGUUCACCUAGAAGCCCAAUCUCUGAGAAGAAGCGCCCAAGCAGAAUAUCUGAAUUGGAGGUACAGAUUUCACAGCUUCAAGAAGAACUAAAGAAGGCAAAGGAUCAGCUAAGUUCAUCUGAAUCAUGCAAGAAGCAAGCCCAGCAAGAUACCGAGGAGUCCAAGAAACAACUGUUGGACGUGUCUGCGAAGCUCAAAGAGUCUCAAAAGCAGCUUCUUGAGCUGUCUGGUUCUGAGGAAGCUCGUGUUGUUGAGUUCCACAAGAUAUCGCAAGAACGGGAUCAAGCAUCGCAGUCAGAGCUUGAAGCUAUCCAGAAGCAGCAGUCUCUCGACUCAGCUGCUCUGGCCUCAGCUGUGAAUGAGAUUCAGCGACUUAAGGAUCAGCUAGAAAUAUUGGCUGAAUCUGAGGCUGCACAGACCAAGCAAGCAGAAUCAGCACAUUUGGAGCUCCAGAGCUUGAAAGUAAACCUGGUUGAAACUCUUUCUCUUGUAGCGAACAUGAAAAACCAGCUAAAGGAUAGCCAAGAAUCGGAAACUCAGGCCCAAGCUUUGGCUAGUGAAACUCUGCUACAACUAGAAGCUGCAAAAAAGACUGUUGAGGCACUUAGGUCGGAAGGCAUGAAGGCCAUUGAAGUUUACAACUCCAUUGCUUCAGACUUAGACCGGUCAAGGGAACGUGUUUAUUCACUGGAAGGACUUGUUAACAAACUUAAGGCAGACCUGCUUGAUGCUGGUGGCAGCCUCUCUCUCGAGUCUGAUGGUGAUCGUGUUGUUGUUGAGCAUCAAGCUGAAGAAAGCAAGAAACCUGAGGAAUCUCACCAGCUUGAAGCAGAGAUUUCUUCUUUGAAGUCUGAGGUGGCAUGGUUAAGGUCUGCUCUUGAAACCGCUGAGAUUAAAUGCCAUGACGUACAAAUCCAAAGCACUGUACAGAUAAAGAGUGCUCAUGAACUGGUGGAGAAGAUAAAAUCUGAAGCAAGCUCGAGAGAGGCUGAGCUGUUAGCUGAACUAGAGAAAGCAAACUUUGAUAUUACUGACUUGAAAGCAAAUCUGAUGGAUAAGGAAACUGAGCUGCAGGGUAUUUCAGAGGAAAAUGAAGAGCUACACAUGAAGCUUGGAAAAAAUCUGUCAUGCCAGCGAGAAUCAGAACUUGAAAAUGAGCUAAAGGUAUUGAAGGAAGCUGUUGUUGAUCUGAAGGCAAAUAUGAUGGAUAAGGAGACAGAACUUCAAAAUAUAGUAGAGGAGAAUGAGAUGCUCAGGUUGGAAGUCAGUAAAAGGGAUAUGGACAAAGGUAAAUCAAAUGAUAAGGCUGCUGCUGAGCUAGAGGUAGCAAGGGCUGCAGAGCGAGAAGCUAUUAUGAAGCUUGGGCUUGCAAUAGAGGAGGCAGAUAAAAAUAACAGGAGAGCUGCCAGGGUCUCUGAACAGCUGGAGGCUGCACAGACUGUCAACUCUGAAAUGGAGGCAGAGUUGAGAAGAUUAAAGGUGCAAUCUGACCAGUGGCGCAAGGCUGCAGAAGCAGCUGCUGCAAUGCUUUCAGCAGGUAAUAAUGGGAAGUUCAUCGAGAGAACUGGUUCACUGGAUAGCAAUUAUAAUCCAGUUACCGGAAAGGUUAGCUCACCUUAUACAGAAGAUAUGGAUGAUGAUUUGCUGAAGAAGAAGAACGUGAACAUGCUAAAGAAGAUUGGGGUCUUGUGGAAGAAGCCACAGAAAUAGAACACCAUGAGAUACUUGGGUUACUGGGACCAAGCCAAGUCUUUUUGCUGUGAGGCUCACGGUAGGCUCUAUUUUGAAGCUUCCUAGUUAUCAUGAUGUGAGGGCAGAACACUGGUUACAGCAGAUUUUCUUUCUUUUUUCUUUUCUCUUGUUCUGUGGAUAUGUAAAAUGUGGGUGUCAACUGUCAUCACCUUGUGCUUACAGUAUCAAACUUUUUCCUCUUUGACGAUGCAAUUUAUGGUGGUGUUGGAUUUGGAUUCCAUAGUUGAUCAGUUAAGCUGCUUGCUUAAUAUAAUCAUCACUUUGUCAGCUGCCCCAACCUCUUCGUGUAACUUGUAACUACAGUUUACUUACAGUUGUCCGACAUAAAUUUUGCUUAA